AGAAUUUCGCGCGAAAACUGAAGAAAACACGUGUUCGUAAAUUCACUCGCGCGCUCGCCCCCGCACACAACUAAUAGCUGCGGGAGGCGCUGAAGCGGUGUUUUUGAAUAAACAUGGCGACCUUAUUCUCGUAUUUUACCAAGAUACCAGGUAAAAAGACAGAUAAAACAUCACCCAAAGCAGGGGACAAGGCAGAAACAGAUAAACCCGUUUCACCUCAAGAGAGUGCAAAGGAAAAAAUAUCGUCAAAAUCUGUUUUUACAAAUGGACACCAGACGUUUACCCCUGGAGAUCUGGUCUGGGCCAGACUGGAAGGAUAUCCCUGGUGGCCCAGCCUUGUUUGCAACCACCCCACCCUCCAGAAAUGCACCAAGAAGGAUGGCAAGCGAGGGCUCGUCCAUGUCCAGUUCUUUGAUGACCCACCUAGUCGUGCCUGGAUCAGUGACAAACUUGUAGACCCCUACAGAGGGAGCCAGGCCAAGGAAUGCCAGUUUGGCUGCAAGUUCCAUACCACCAAACCAGAUGUGAGGAGGGGAAUGGAUCAAGCCGAUGAGGCACUCAAGAAAGAAAGGGAGGAAAGGAUGAAACUUGUCGUCUGCCAUGUUCCAUCAGAAGAUGAAGAUGAGGAGGAGGAGGAGGACGAGAUGGAGAUUGAAGAUGCAAGUGAUGGCAGUGCAAGUGAAGACAACAUCACAAGCAGUAAAAGAAAGCCAAGAGCAGCUGCUAAGAAAGCCAUGAGCACACAGAAGAAGAAACGAAGGAGAAUCAUGGUUGCCUCUGACAGUGAUAGUUCAGGAGAUGAAUUCAAACCUGAAAGUGAUGAUGAAUCUGAAGGAGCCGAGAGCAGUGGAGUGGAUGAAGAUGACAUCUCAGGACCUGAGACGGAGUCAGACCCUGAAACACCAAAGAAAGCUAAAAAGCGAAAGAGGGGUUCCACUUCAACUGUCACUCCUUCCACGAAAAAGCCUGCAACGAAGGGUCGUAGCGUACUAACUCCAUCUUCUAUGGCACGCCCAGAUUCGGCUACCCCACCCCCUAAGAAGACGUUUGGCACACCGUCUGUCAGCUCGUCCACCAAAGCUAAGCUCUCUGCAUUCCAGUCUCCUUCUCCUUCUCCGUCUCCAACCCCUGCAUCUGAAUCAGACGUAGCACGCUUUCCACAUCAGCGACAAGAAUGGCUUAAACCAGGCAAAAGAAAAGACAUCAAAGGCAGACCAGAGCAUGACCCUGAAUAUGAUCCCAGUACUCUCUUCGUACCAAAGACUUUCUUGGAUAAAUGCACCCCUGCUAUGAGACAAUGGUGGGAGAUGAAAUCCAAGUAUUAUAAUGCUGUUCUUUUCUUUAAGAUGGGAAAAUUCUAUGAGCUGUAUCACAUGGAUGCAGAGGUAGCCGUCAAAGAGCUUGGACUCAUCUACAUGAAGGGAGAGAAUGCACAUUCCGGCUUCCCUGAGAUAGCGUUUAGUCGGUACAGUGAUACGCUAAUCCAGAAGGGGUACCGUGUUGCUCGGGUGGAACAGACGGAGACCCCAGAUAUGAUGCAGGAAAGAAUUAAAAACAUGAGCAGAUCUGUAACAAAAUUUGACAAAGUUGUCAAGAGAGAGAUAUGCAGGAUUUCAACUCAAGCGACAAGAACCUAUAACUUUAUAGAUGGUGAUACAUGUGAGGCACAGAGCAGCUAUCUUCUUGCAGUCACUGAGAGGCAGAGUGACGGGAGCUUCGGUGGGGAGAGUGUCUACGGUGUAUGCUUUGUGGAAACAUCCAUUGGCAAAUUCUAUAUUGGUCAGUUUGAGGAUGACCGUCAUAGUUCUAGAUUCAGGACACUGAUAGCUCACUAUCCCCCUUCCCAGGUUUUGUUUGAACGCGGCAAGCUCCUCGGGAAGACCCAGCAGCUCCUGUCCAGUAACCUGAUGUCCGUCCUCAAAGACUCUCUCCUUCCUGGAUCUGAGUUCUGGGAUGCUGCUAAGACACUGAAGGUACUCAAGGAGAAGGAUUACUUUGAGGAUAGCGAGAGAGACAAGGAUGAAGAGGAGAAGGAAAGACUGAACUGCUGGCCAGAUGAACUGAAAGAGAUGCUGUCAGAUGCUGAUUCUCUUGGAUUGACUCCUAAGGAGGGAUGUGAGAUGGCCCUAUCUGCUCUUGGGGCAUGUACAUGGUACCUCAAGAAGUGCUGUCUGGAGCAGGAGCUGUUGUCCAUGAGGAACUUUGAGGUGUACAAACCUCUAGAUGCAGAGCCCACCAAACCCUCCUCACCCCUCCCAACCUUCACAUCUAAACAACACAUGGUCCUAGACAGUAUAACACUGAGCAACCUCGACAUCAUUGAGAAUAGCAGCACCGGGACAAAAGAGGGCACCCUGCUGGAGACUCUAGAUCGCUGUCGGACACCAUUUGGGAAGAGGCUGUUCAAACAAUGGCUCUGCACCCCUCUGUGCAAUCCGAAAUCUAUCAGUGAUAGACUGGAUGCCAUUGAAGAUAUCCAUAACAACCCAGACAUUGUAGGAGAAGUUGCGGAACUCAUCAAAAAGCUGCCUGAUCUUGAAAGACUACUCAGCAAGAUCCAUACUCUUGGUUCAUCCAAGAGGAACUCGGACCAUCCAGACAGCAGAGCCAUUUUCUUUGAAGAUGCAGUGUAUAGUAAACGUAAGAUCAGUGACUUCAUCACUGCACUAGAUGGCUUUGAGAGUGGUCUCAAGGUCGUUAAACUCUUCAAGAAAGCUGUGCCAGAUGUUAGGUCAUCAUUACUAAAGGCUUGUGUAUCUCUGAAGUUGACUGGAGGCAAGUACCCUGACUAUGCGGACACCUUGGAGUUCUUUGAGACUGCGUUUGAUCAGAAGAAAGCAAAGGAAAAAGGAGCCAUCAUCCCAUGUAAGGGUGUCAUCCCAGAAUAUGACAAUGCCAUCUCCGACAUGGCUGACACCAAGGACAGGCUCCAGGAGUACUUGGAGAAACAGAAAAAGAGGCUUGGCUGCAAGAACAUUGUCUACUGGGGCACGGCCAAGAACCGAUUCCAAAUGGAGAUCCCGGAGUCUGCCCUCUCUCGCCAUAUUCCCGAAGAGUAUGAGCUCCAGUCCUCCAAGAAGGGUUACAAACGCUACUGGUCUCCGACGAUUCAGAAGCUGCUAGCGGACAUGAUGAACGCAGAGGACAGGCGAGAUGCUGCCCUCAAAGACUCAAUGAGGAGAGUCUUUCAUAAAUUUGAUGAGCACUACAAGUCCUGGGAUGCUGCUGUCCAGUGCCUCUCAGUUCUUGAUGUCUUGAUGAGCUUUGCUGAUUAUAGCCAGUCUGCAGAUGGCAACAUGUGUAGACCCGACAUCAUACUGCCCUCUGAGAGUGACCAGCCGUACAUCGCUAUUGUAGAAGGGCGUCAUCCUUGCAUAGCACAUACCUUCGCUGGAGGGGACUACAUCCCUAACGACACAUUUAUAGGCAUUAAAAAUGAGAAUGAGAUGGAUGAUGGAGAGGGUAACCAUGGCAACAGCAGCUGUAUCCUGGUGACGGGACCCAACAUGGGUGGCAAGUCAACCCUGAUGAGACAGGCGGGGCUGAUUGUCGUCAUGGCGCAGCUUGGAUGCUACGUCCCUGCAGAGGGUUGUAGACUGACACCGGUAGACAGGGUCUUUACAAGGCUUGGUGCAAGAGAUAACAUUUUAUCAGGUGAGAGCACCUUCUUUGUGGAGCUCAGUGAGACGGCCAGCAUCCUCAAACACGCCUCCAAGCAUUCCCUCGUUCUCAUGGACGAGUUAGGGCGGGGCACGGCAACGUACGACGGCACAGCCAUAGCAACGGCCGUUGUGAAGGAACUUUCCGAGGUGGUUGGAUGUAGGACACUCUUCUCAACCCACUAUCAUUCCCUAGUGGAAGACUUCUCUCAUGACCCGAACAUCAGGCUAGGUCACAUGGCAUGUAUGGUUGAGAAUGAGAAUGAAGAAGACCCUUCACAGGAAACCAUCACGUUCCUCUACAAGUUUGUGGGAGGGGCUUGUCCAAAAAGCUACGGUUUCAAUGCCGCCCGAUUGGCUGACAUACCAGAUGAGUUCCUGAUGUGUUAUAGAUAUUGGCCCGAAUUCACAAAGGUGGACUAAAGUUAUACCCGGGGUAUAAAACGCGUCAUUUGACGUCAUUUUAAUCCAUGGACUAA